AUGACUGUUGCUUCACCUUUACCUUAUUCUGACAACGAAAUUCAAGCUUUGAGAGCUCGCUUCGACAAUGCUGGUCAAGGCCACGUAUUCAACUUUUACGACUCUAUCAAUGAGGACGAGAAAGCUGAACUUCUAAAGCAGCUCAUGAAAAUUGAUGUUGAAAACUUGAACAAGAUCUAUGACAAAGCCAUUGAAGGUGCUGCAAACGCCCUUCACAGUCAACAAGGAAACAGCUUGCAACCUCUUUCUACGGAAGUUUUUGACUCUGUCUUGAAGCAAGACCCUACUCAAUUGAAGGAAUGGGAAACCUUAGGUCUUGAAAAGAUUGCCGAGGGUAAAGUGGCUGUCAUUUUAAUGGCAGGCGGUCAGGGUACCCGUCUCGGUUCUUCUGAUCCUAAGGGUUGUUACAAUAUCAAUUUGCCUUCUGGCAAGUCUUUGUUCCAACUGCAAGCUGAACGUAUUCUGAAAGUGCAAGAAUUAACCCAACGAUACCGUCGUGAUGGUCAAGACGUCAUCAUUCCCUGGUAUAUUAUGACUUCUGGCCCUACAAACAAGCGUACCUUUGACUUUUUUACGAAAAACAACUUCUUUGGCCUCAAGAAAGAAAAUGUUAUAUUUUUCGAACAAGGUACUUUACCUUGUUUGACAAUGGACGGCAAGAUUAUUUUGGAAUCAAAGAGUAAGGUUGCUAUUGCUCCUGAUGGCAAUGGUGGUAUCUACAAGGCCCUUCAAGAAAAGGGAGUGAUUUCUGAUUUGAAGCGACGUGGUGUCGAAUAUAGCCACUGUUACUGUGUUGAUAACUGUUUGGCGCGCGUAGCUGACCCCAUCUUCAUCGGUUACUGUGUCUCCAAGGGAACUGACUGUGGUGUCAAGGUCGUCGGUAAGGCAGCUCCCGAGGAACCCGUAGGUGUCGUCUGCGUACGUAACGGUAAAUACGGUGUUGUCGAAUAUUCUGAAAUCUCUGAAGAAACGGCUCAUGAACGUCACCCUGACGGCUCUCUCAAAUACAACGCAGCCAACAUUGCCAACCAUUUCUUCUCCACCGCUUUCUUGGAGCGCGUCCCUACUUUCCAAGCUGAGCUCGAAUACCACAUUGCUAAGAAGAAAAUCAAAUAUACCGACCUAGAAACCGGUGAACAGAUUACCCCCAAAGCGAACUCUGGCAUGAAAUUAGAAUGUUUCGUUUUUGAUGUUUUUCCUUAUGCCCAAAAUAUGUCUGUCCUUGAAGUCGAACGUCAUGAAGAAUUCUCACCUUUAAAGAACGCUCCUGGUACAGGUGCUGAUUGUCCGGAAACCUCGCGUCGCGAUGUCGUUGCUCAACAUGUCCGUUUCAUCGAAAAGGCAGGUGGCAAAGUCAUGCGUACCACCGACGACUAUACUGAACUCAUGUUUGAAAUCUCUCCUGUCGUCUCUUAUUCCGGUGAAGGUAUUGAGCACAUCGUUAAAGGAAAGACCGUCAAGACACCAGCGACUAUCGAAACGCUUGAUGAUUUGAUUCGUGUUACAUGUUAA